CGCACUUUCCAAACUGGCAAACUCCAAAAGCAGCAUGGUAUAUAUAACGCACAAUACACGCCCACUCAAAUGUCAACUGUCAAUACUUGAUUCCCAUUUUUCUCUUCUACUUUUCUUCCAAAAACCCUAACCCUAGCAGCACCAUCUGAUUUGGUCACUGCUUGGUUCGAUUUCUUCUUUGGUUUUUUGGAAGAUGUCGAAUUUUUACAAGGGAGAUUACAGUCAGAAGAUCGACUACGUGUUCAAGGUGGUGUUGAUCGGAGACUCUGCGGUGGGAAAAUCGCAGCUCUUGGCGCGGUUUGCUCGGAACGAAUUUAAUUUGGACUCCAAAGCUACGAUUGGGGUUGAAUUCCAGACCAAAACGCUUGUUAUAGAUCACAAGACCGUGAAGGCCCAGAUUUGGGACACUGCUGGGCAGGAAAGAUAUCGAGCAGUGACAAGUGCUUACUACAGAGGAGCUGUGGGGGCAAUGCUGGUCUAUGACAUAACCAAGCGUCAAUCAUUUGAUCAUGUGGCAAGGUGGUUACAGGAAUUGCGAGGCCAUGCUGACAAAAAUAUUGUCAUCAUGCUAGUAGGCAACAAGUCUGACCUGGGGACCCUUCAAGCUGUACCCACUGAGGAUGCAAAAGAGUUUGCUGAGAGAGAGAACCUCUUCUUUAUGGAGACAUCUGCUCUUGAAGCUACCAAUGUUGAAACUGCAUUCCUUUCAGUACUCACGGAGAUUUAUCGAAUCAUCAGCAAGAAGACUCUUGUCGCCAAUGAAGAAGUGGAAUCUGGAGGCAAUUCAUCACUUCUCAAGGGAACCAAGAUUAUUGUCCCUGGAAAGGAGCCCAAAUCUGAAGGCAGUAAAUACAACUGUUGCUUGUCUUCAUAGAACUACUUCCCUUUUGUCAAGUGACAAGUUGAUUGCUGCUGUUUAUAGUUUUGGUAAUGCUUAUUUUUGAGUUAUUUUCCCACUUUAUAAGCUUUCUUUUAAUCUUAUUUGACAUGGUGGAAAAUUUCCAUCUUCCAGGAGAUGAUGACAUGGCACUCCUGGCAUAUCAGCUAAACAUUUGCUCCUUUUGCAAGGAGCUGUUUAGUGUUGCCAAUUCACUGGCAUAUAGAUUUUGGAGAACUCAAACUUACAGUAUUGUUAUUAAUUUCAUGUGAUAUUAUGUGUUUUUAAACCAAAAGGGCCAAGACUGUCUAUAUUUUCCUUGAUAAUGUUCAGCCACAUUGCACUAUUAAGUGUCUUUUUUAUU